AUGCCAUCGCCCAUUCGGUCCGCGCACAGGCAGCAGUCGCCAUCUGCACCAGAUGCAGACCGUCACCACAACCGCAGUCGUCAUGACAAGUCGCACCGUCACAGACAUCGCUCGCGCUCGCGCUCUCCCCACCGAUCCGACCGCCACAAAUCCGAGCACCGUCACCGUCGGCAUGAUCGAGAACAUGGCCGAGACCGAAAACAAGACCGAGAUCGCCAAGACUCUAAACGGAAAGAAGCUCCUGCACAACCCAUAGUUCUCCCAUUGCAAGCGCGGGAGCUUUCGAAACGCGAUUUCGAGAUCUACGAGCCCAUGUUCGCAAUGUACUUGGAUAUCCAGAAGGGGCUUAUCAUUGAAGAUCUUCAGGAAGAUGAAGUAAAGGGCCGAUGGAAGAGCUUUACUGGAAAAUGGAACCGUGGCGAGCUUGCCGAAGGCUGGUAUGACCCGGCAACGCUCGAAAAGGCCCGCCAAAGCGCAGCAGAGUACCAACAAUCUGGCGAACAAAAUCGGGCAUCGCCGGACUAUGGGCCGGCAGAACAAGCGACGGGCAGUAGGGAGCCCGCAGGAGAGGACGACGACGAUGAGGAGUUUGGGCCGACGCUGCCACGAUUUGUGUCAAUGAGAGCUACAACAUCUUCAGGUCCAACAAUACCGAAUAUGCAGGACCUGGAACUCAAACGAGAAUCUGCCAUUGAAGAUGCGAUCGCUGCUCGGGAAGACUCCCGACAGCAAUAUCGCAGCGAGCUGCGCUCCCAUAAAACAGAAAUGCGCCACCUGGAAGAUGAAGUCGCUCCGCGCGCUGAAGCUGGUACCCGCGAGAGGCAACUCGAGAAGCGGCGGGAAGUAGCGGCUGCGAAUAAGGCCUUUGCUGAAACCCGCCGCGGUGGUUCACCCGAAGCGGCACCCGAGGAGGAGCUGAUGGGCUCGGGAGAAAACGAGUUCGCUUCUCUUAAGAAAGAGAAAGAGAGAGACCAGCGGAAGAAGAAUGAACGCGAGAUUCGGAGGGAGGAGAUUCUACGGGCUCGCGCGGCUGAACGCGAGGAACGGAUUCAAAAGUACCGCGAGAAGGAGGAGGAGACUAUUGGUUGGCUGCAGGCUUUGGCGAAGCAGCGUUACGGUUGA